AUGGCCACCAUUGUUACUCCAGAGGCAAUCCAUCAUCAUAAUGCCAACAUCGACGAUCUCAAGGCCAAGGUCGUCGUUGAGCAGGUCGAGGUGGAGGUGAGCCCCACUCCUCCAGUGGCCGACAACUUCAUGUACGAUUUCAAAUACAAUCAUACUCUCCCAACUUACGACGUUCUCGGGGUUGAGAUCCCAUCGGAUUGCGAUGCUCAGAAAGCGGCAGAAGAAAUCGCUGAAAACCUCUCCAAGACCAUGGGAGAAGGUGAUGCCCAAGGUUUCACCGGUCUCUUCCUCGAAUAUGGCGUGUGGCGUGACAAACUUUCCUUCACCUGGGAUCACAGGACCUUUAACUUCCAUGCCGCGAUCUUAAAGGCAGCUACCGACGUCUUCCCUAUAACUAGAGCCGCCAAUUUCGGCUUCCUCAAGCCUAGCCCCACGAUUCAACGCCCGUAUCCGGACUUUUCUCAACUCCAGUUUGUUGUGUCGUUCGAAACUGAGAUUGUAAUGGCAUCGGCUGUAAUCAACGCGGUACUCAGCAAAGACGGAUGGAAAAUUUACUUCAUGCAUACUGUCGCCGAGAAACUGAAGCAAUUUCCUGAAGUACCUCCGAAUGACGGCCACAUGACAGGCCUUAUCAGUUGGGAAAAGCAGAGAGCCUUGGACAUCUCUGCGGCUGAACCAGAAAUCCUGAUCAUUGGUGGUGGUCAGAAUGGCCUUGCGAUAGGCGCUCGAUUGAAGGCACUAGGGGUGAACAACUUGAUUAUUGAACGAUCGGACGAGGUUGGUGAUAUCUGGAAGAAGCGAUACGAAUAUCUGUCGCUACAUUUCCCACACUGGCCGGAUGACCUGCCCUACUUUAGCUACCCUAAGCACUGGCCCACGUACACGCCAGCUCAGAAGCAAGGCAAGUAUAUGGAAUGGUAUGCAUCGGCUCUUGAGCUCAACAUUUGGACCAAGACGGAUGUUGUCAAGGCCGAUCAGGACAACAGCGGCAACUGGACCGUCGUCAUCAACAAAGGCCGUAAGGAAAUGCGGACGCUACACCCCAAGCAGGUUGUCAUGGCCACAUCUCUCUGUGGCGUCCCUUUGACUCCUGUUAUUCAUGGCAUGGAUAAGUUUAAGGGUGGAGUCUUACGCCAUUCGUCAGCACAUGAUAGUUCUCAGGAGUUCGUUGGCAAGACGGUCUGCGUGGUAGGAACUUCGUCCUCCGGCUUCGACACCGCAUUUGACUGCUCCCGAAGGGGUAUUGAUGUUACUCUCCUUCAGAGGUCGCCAACCUAUGUCAUGUCACUGACCAAUUCAGUCCCUCGUAUUCUUAGUGGCUAUAAGCCCGAUGAGAAUGGCAAUCGUCCUGAUCUUGAGGAGCAGGACAGACUCUUCUUUGCUAUUCCCACUGGUCCAGGCGAGGAGCUUGGCCGAAGGAACGCCGAGGUGCUUGAGAACCUCGAUCGACCUUUACUUGAAGCGCUCCAUAAGCGGGGUCUGCGAACAUGGCGCGGACAGCGGGGCACGGGCAACGCAACCCUGGGCCAGACUCGCAAUGGCGGUUUCUACUUUGAUGCUGGCGCUUGCGAGGACAUAAUCAACGGAAAAAUCAAAGUCGAGCCAGGAUAUAUUGAAAGCUUCACCGAUGAUAAAGUGAUCCUCAGUGGUGGCCGCGAGCGCCAAUUCGACCUGAUUAUUUUCGCUACUGGAUAUUCUAGCACCAUCGACUCUGUACGCGCGACUCUUGGAGACAAGAUCGCCGACAAGUGUGGACCUAUAUGGGGUAUCGACGAAGAAGGCGAAUACAAUACCGCAUUCCGGGAAAGUGGAGUUCCCAACCUCUGGAUCAUGGUCGGCUUUCUUCCAAUGACGCGGUACAAUUCGAAGAUCUUGGCUCUGCGGUUGAAAGCUUUGAAAGAGGGCAUCUCUCCUCCUCCGUACAAGGCAUAG